GUGGUUACUUCGUCGGUAUGGGGGGCUCCGGUCUGCCUUUCCUUCGUCCCGACAGAGUGCCCGGGGGUUUCGGUGGUUUGGUGCCGUGACCCUGGAGUCCCUGGUGCCCGAUCGUAGACGAAUUGUGUUUGGCGUCCCCUGACGUAAAUGAAUAUAUCAAUGGCACAAUACUGAUAAUUUCUCACUUAUAUACCAUGGGUCUGGACAGUUUGCCGUUUGAGCUUCUCCUUAAAAUUGCGAAAAGCUUGGACGGGUUUGCGCUGAAAGCUCUGCGCCGUUGUUCAAAGCAGUUACGAGAUGUAGCAAACUCAGCUGUCAGUCGCAUCACCAUCCAGGGCUCCAGCUCGCGCGGCGUCGAUGAGGGCCCGCUGCGCCAUCCUCGCCAUUCAGUAAUCCCCCAGAGGCAAGGUCGGCUGCCGCUGCAUCAGCUGUUCCCCAACCUGCACACGCUCGAGAUCAGCUGCAAGCGAGCCACGGACUUUGUGAGCAAGCUGGAGCCGGCGUGGCCGUUUCUGACGGGGCAGGUGCUUCCCGGCCUAGCCCGCCUGACGCACCUGGACCUGAGCGGUCUAGCUGUCAAGCUCGGUAGCACCGCAUGGCGCCAGCUAGCCACCGGCGCCGCCGCCAGUCGCAGCUUGCGCCGCCUCACCACCGCCGCCGCCGCGCUGCAACACCCAGACGCCGCCGCCACCACCGCGGCUGAGCAGGGCGGGCGGCUGGCGGCGGCGCUACCCAGCCUUGCCUUUGUGGCGCAGGAGGUGAGUCGCCUCCGCCACGUCGCGCCCAAUGCCGGCGGCGGCAGUAGCAGCAGUGCUGCCGCUGGUGCCGGUGCUGUUUGCAGUGGCGGCGGCAGUAGCAGUGCGGGCGUUGGCGCAGCGGAGGCAGCCGAGUCACAACAACGGCAGGCCGGGACAGUAGCAGCAGCAGCAGAAGCGGUGGAAGCAACAACCUUAGCAGGGGGAGCGGCGGCGAGCGGCAUUACGGUGACGGUGGUGCGGGGCGGCGCCGGAAGUUACCUCACCGUACGCAGCAGCACGGCGCUGGACGGCCUGAGGCGGCUAGUGCUGGAUGGCGUGGUGGACGGGGCGGCGCUAGUGCUUAACCAGGAACUGUUGAAAGAGGAGGAGGACCGGGCUUUGCUAGGCAGCGGCUGGCUUGCUCCGGGCCUGCGCCGCCCCGGUCAAGCUGCUGCCGACACUGCUACUGCCGUGGAGCGGGUGCUACUGCCGAGGCUGCUGGCGCCGCUGUCGGGACUGCGGCUGUUGCACCUGGUGUCGCCAGUGAACGCGGCGCCCGCUCUCAGCGCCUUCACGGCUCUGGAGGAGCUCCACCUAGCCGGCGCCGGCCUGCGCCUAUUUGACCUCUCCCACCUGCAGCCCUGCAGCCGCCUGACCCGACUCGUCCUACACGAUCUAGACCACCCCACCACUCUGGCCGGCGCCGCAGCGGAUGCGGUGUUGGCGCUCAUGGUGGAUGAUACCGGGCAAAGCGUCAGCAAGGACCGCGACAUCGAACAGCGAAUUGCGGAGGCGGAUGAGGUUGCCGCGGCACUCAAGGCCUUCGCCAUCGAGUGCGGCUACCUCAGCGGCAGUAGCCGCAGCCACAACAGCAGAUGCGGUGGUGGCGCCGCGAAUGACGGCAGUAGCAGCAGCAGCAACGGCGGCACUGGCGGCGGCAAUAAUGGGGACGGUGAUUCUUCGCGGGAGGAGGGCGAGGAGGAGGGCAGGCUGCUGCGGCUGCUGCGGCGGGUGCUAGGGCUGCCGCAGGUGCGGAGCCUAGAGCUCGGCGGCGGCAGUAGCAGCGGCGUGUUUGGGGGCCUGCGCAUUGCGGCCUUGUUCCCCGGCCUCACCUCACUGCGGGCACCCAUUGUGCACAGCGAAGCGCUCCGCGAUGCCACCAGUCUGACCGCACUCACGCUGCUACUGCCGUCGUCGCCGGCUACGGCAGCAGCUGGCGGCGCCGGCUACGGCAGUAGCACAGAGGGCGGGGGCAGCGGCUGUAGCAGGGGUUGCUCAGCUGCUGCGGCAGACGUGGCCAGCCUCAUGGGGCUCUGCAGCCUCGCCCUGGAGGCUGUGGUGGCUGUAGCAGGAGGAGGGCCCGACUGGGUGGCGGCUGCCGGCGGCGGCAGUAGCAGGGCAGGUGGCAGUAGCAGCGCCGGAGGGGCGCCGGCCGGGACGAUGUCGUUGGCGGCGGCGCUGCAGGGCGCGGCGGCGCUGCCGCAGCUGCAGCGGCUGCAAUUCAUAAACAUGCGCCCACAGGCUGUGUGUGAGCUGGGCGGUCUGCUACAGCCCACCGGGUUGCUACAGCCCACCGGGUUGCUGCAGCCGGCGCAGGCGCAGCCCGCCUUUGCGGCGCUGCGAUGUGUCAGCCUGUGUGGGUCGUCAAUUCACGUCGACUGGCUGGCGGGAGUUGUGGGCAUGUUGAACGGCCUAGCGAUGCUUUCGGAUGGCGGUGCGGCGGCGCUGGCGGCGGCGGCGGAGCAGCGGGAGGCGCGCCGGCGGCGCCGCCUGUGGGACGGGCGCACGCCACAGGCACACGGGCAGGCGGUGGAGGGGGUGGAGGGGGUGGAGGUGGUGGAAAUGGUGGAGGUGUUUCGCCCGCGCAUGUGUCUGGAGCUCUGUGAUGGGCCGGCGGUGGCGCCGCGGGCGGCAGCGGCAGUAGCAGCGGCAGCGGCACCGGCGGCAGUAGCAGCAGAUGGCUCGGCUCGGCUCAGGGCGGGGACGGGUGGGCGUGGCGGCGGGAACGGCGGCGCGGCAGCGGUCACGUGGACUGUGCUGGGGGAGGCGCUAGCAGGCUGUCCGGUGGUGGACUGGGUGCGUGUGCGCCACUGCCCCGGACUGCCGGAGGAUGUGGGAGCCGGGGGCGGUGCGGGCGCGGGUGAGGCGCCGGUGGGAGCCGUCCAAGGGGCGGGGCAGGCCGAUGCGGGCGAGUCGGCUCAGGGACCGCGUGGGGGUGGAGGCGAGCGCGAAGGCGAGGGAGGAGCGCCAGCCGCCACGGCGCUCACGAGCCCGGUGCGGCGUGUGGCGGAGUUGGUGGCGGGGCUGGAGUGGGCGGCGUGAGCGGCGUGGCGUGGCGUGGCGUGGCGUGGCGUGGCGUGGCGUGGCCUGGGGUGGCAGCUCGGCAAAAAACACAUGCAAGAUGCCACCAGGGUGUUUGCAACGCCAGGUUAUGCACGCUGGCGCCGCCCCCGUGUGGCGUGCCUACUAGGGAUUCGUCUUGGAGAGGUGUGGAUUCUCCUACACUCUCCGCCGCAAGGUGUUGGGUAGACUACCUGCUACAUGGGGCGUAGCGUGGGGGCUGCAUGGUGUCACACGCUGGCAGGGCCAGUGGGGGAGCAGCUCAAGACGAGGAGGAAGCCGUUGGUUGCGAUGGACGGAGGAGGUUGUUAUGAAGGAGGUUGUUAAGCGGCGGCUGCCGGUUGGUUGGUUGGUUGGCUGGUUGGUUGGUUGGCUGGUUGGCCGCAUUGCAAGCUCAGUGGUUUAACAACAGGCAUCGCUCGAGGUGCUGGAGGUGCUGGAGGUGGGCUGGCGGCGGAGUGCCCGGUGUAAGUAGGUAGGCGUGCGGCAACAGGUGUUGUCUUGCACGAUUGCGUUAUGCACCGGUGUGUGUACUGCUCUUGCAACAAUUACG